AUUCAAUCAGAAAUGAAAUUCAAUUUCACGCCGGCUAAGUUUCAUUAUUCGUCUAAUUACAACACCAGCGCGGGAUGAAGACGCACGUUGUCAAACUUCUUAUAACCUUUUUUCUGCAAUGUGAGGGGUCGAGCUGGUUGCGGCAGCCGGACUAUAAGCCGAUGGAAACCUUCAACAAUCCUAUUGGGGUAUCCAGGCAUGUGGUUCUCCCCUCCGUCGUGAGUGACCUUCCCCGGGCCAGAGAUAUACUCCCAGGCCACACGCUGAUCAGACCAGACAUGGACUCCUUGAGGUCUGCCAUCAGGUACCCUAAUAAAGAGCUAGAAGAUGGCGCGAGAGUAUACGGAAAUAUCAAGUCUAUAGGAGUUAGCAUCGGUAACAACGAAAGGAUUAUUAACACAGGAUUCCGAAGGUCACGUCGUGAUUAUGAUAGUGACGAAGAUGGUGGAGAUGAGGCCCCCGGGAAGAAAUAUUUAAAGAAAGUAAACAAAGAUUCAAGCGACGAAAACUAUUUGAAUUUCAAAAGCGAUAUUGUUUAUAAUCCGAGUCAAAAUUUUCUUAUUAAUAAUUGUCAGCCUGACUCCUAUGGCAAUACUGCAUCUUGUAGCCCACAAAAAAAGCCAAAACCAAAAAAUUCGAAAAAAGUAUACGUACUGGGUGCAAUGUUUAUGGAGGAAAAUGAAGGUGUCAUGAGAUCUAAAUUUCCAAAUACUAGGAAAGACUACAAUGACAUGGGAAUAAGAAAUAUCGAUAAAAAACUUAUACCUGUACAUUCCAAAUAUAUUAUAAUUUUGGCUGAUGACGAACCCGCUAAAAAGCAGGAAGAAAUAAAAUUCGAUAAAUCAAAGGAAGAAGGCAUAGGAAAAAUCAACGUAAAUUCAGACAAAAUUGUAGAGUUUUCAAAUGCUAGAGAACAGCCCAUACCAAAAAGAGGAAACGUACUAAGGGCCGCAAAAUUGAAACCGGUACCAGUACUUAUAAAUCCAGGAUCCAGGUCAGAAGAAAGAAAAAAGUAUGAUGUACCACCACAACGACUCCUCGACUAUUUGAAUACUAGAAGUGACUUUGACCAUGUCAAAAUAAGUGACCGAGCGCCUACUAUUCAACAGUUGGUUCCGAAUUCACCGUCGGAUGACAAUAAUAAUAAAAGGAAGUGGUGGUUUUAUAAUCAGGAUGAUUACAAGCCGUUUCUGAAUUAGAAACUAUUACUAGUGCAAUAAAUUAUACACUACAUAAUU